AUGGAUGUGUUUAAUGUUGUCUAUACGCUUCAAGAUAAUCAAAAAAAUUUACCACCAGUGCCGAUAAGAACAUAUCAAUGGGAAGAUUUGAAAAGAGAUCGUGAGGCAGGUGGUUAUCCUUGGACUCAUCUUUUAAAAGCACCGCUCGAGGGAGAAAUAACUGCGGAAGAUAUAAUUAGAGAAACAACGCCAAGAAGAAGCAUGUCACGAGAGUUUUCAAAGUCUCGGACCCAUUCACCUGUUGAUGGAGGAGUCCAAAAAAUACUUAAUCUUGAUUCAUCUCCUGGCAGCAGCCGAAAACACGGCGAGGAAGGUGAGGAUGAAGGAGUCCAUAUACCAAACUUUUCCAAGGAAAUAUCUUUAGACUCUGAUGAAGAUAUGGCUAUAAAAGUACCCAAUACUAUAAUAACAAAGGAUCCAGAAAAUAAAAAUAGCAAUUAUUUACCAUCUCCGGUGGAAAAACCAAAAAGCGUUUCACCAAAAGGUAUUUUAAAACGACGUAUACCUGAAGAACAAUAUAUUGGGGUCACAGAAAUAAGAGAAAAAACUAAAUGUUGUCACCCCUUGGUCAACAAAAUAAAACAUUUAGCUGACAAAACUAUACAAAAACUAGAUAGGAGUGAAAUCGACAAGUCACCGAUAUCUAAAAGAAAAAAGAACGAAGAUGUUCAAGAAAUACGGCAGUUAAAAAAUUCACCUGGAGCAGUCCGAAGACAGAAAUUUAGUGCUAUUAAAUUAGGAGAUUCUGAUGAAAUGAGCAAAACUAUGAGUAUAGAUUUACCUUCUCCUCGGAAUAAAAAAGAGCAUAUUUAUGAAGAUAUUGAUGAAACCCCAGAUACACAAAAAUCCUUACAAGUCUCGCAUGAUGGAAAUCAAUUUACCGAUCAAAACGUAAACGUUAAAGGAGCAGAUUAUAAAGAAAACGAUAGUGUAGCGGAAAAAAAAUCAAUUGCAUCUCAAGAUCCAAGCUUAGUUGCUGACGAUAAUACAUCAUUAAAAGUUGAUGAAUGUAUAAUGGAAAAAUUACAUAAAAAAAAUGAUACAAAUAAUGAGGCCACACAUUUAGAUGAAGAGAUGGAUUCUGAAGAAGCAAAUGUGGAAGAAAUAUUUCAAAAUCAAAAAGACGAUGUAAGACGUAAUAAUGAUUCUCCAAAUAUAACCAUAACAGAAAUAUUAGAUGACGAUAACAAUUUCGAACAUUCAACUACGAUACCCAUAGAAACAUCACCAAGUCCUAGUCCACGUAAUGUUGAAAGAAAAAAAACAGAUACCGAACCCAUCGAUAAAGAUUGGUCUCGACCUAACAGUGAUCAUGAAUACGAAAUAAUAGAGAAGCCGCCCCCAAAUAUAAUAUACACGGCACCAAGUGUAGAUGAAAAACCAGCCAUGGUUAAAACCGACGAUGAAUUAUCGAGUACAACGUCUUUAGAGCGUAAAUAUUUACAACAUACUUCGGAUGAAGACGACCAAAUUAAUGACAAGGAUAACAUUGAUAUUGACAAAAAUGAGGAGCUGAUAAAUGCGGAAACAUUACAAAAAGAUAUUGAGGAGCGUUUUUUUGCAAAUACACCUUCCACGGUUUCGAGAACAGAAUGUGAAGUUAGUACAAGUCAAGUCGAUUCAUCUGCUUUGGAAAAUUUGCCUUUGAAACGAAGUAGUCGUAAUAAGAAUGCUGAAAAUAAUGACAGCAAAAUACAACAACGUAUUAAGGAAGGAACUGGCAAAUUAAAAACACAAGCUGGAAAACUUAAAACAAAGUUGCAUAAUUUAAGAAAUAAACAGUUUAGUUUACCCGACCGACCUAAAAUUAACUUUCCUGAACGGCCUAAAUUUAAAAUGCCAGAACGGUCCAAAAUUUCUUUUCCAGAUCGUCCUAAGUUUACAUUACCAGAUAGACGAAAAUUUAGUUUACCCGAAAGGCCUAAAUUUAAAUCAAUUAAUUUAACAGGAAAACUAUCUAUGGGUGAUCGUAAAAAAUUUAGUUUUCCAGAGCGACCAAAAUUUAGUGCUCCCGAUUUACCAAAAUUUAAAAUGCCUGAAAGACCAAAAAUAAAUUUUUUCAGCAUCGGCAGAAAAAAGGAAAGUAAAAUUGAGAGUAAUAUGUCGGAAUCAACAUCUGAUUUGCAAAAUGUCGCCACUGUAGAUUUUGAGGCAAAAACAUAUCCGAGGUUAUUCGGUCGAAAAAAGAAAUCACAAAUUGUGAAAACAUCAUCUUCACCCACAUUGAAUAGAGAAGAAACACCUCCCCCAACGUUUACGUUCACCAGAGUAAAGGAUAUAAAACAGAGUGAGCCUGCUAAUUAUAUACCAGACAGUCCAGAAGAACCCCGUGAAUAUGGAACUAUUGACAGUGAAGCCAAUUAUGAUGCUGAAGAGGGGGAAAGGGAGCGAUAUAGUGCGACUUACGAUUUUGAUAAAUUAGAUCAAGAAGAAUAUCUUGAUGAAAGCGAAAUUGAAGCUAACCAAGACGAACCCACAACAUCACCCUUAAGCAAACAAGAAUACACACAUAUAAACGAAAUUAAUAAUGACGAAUUUUUUGUACGACCGAGAGGAAUUUCUCACGAAAAUAUUCAAGUUCGAGAAUACUUAAGUGACGAAAUACGACAAGCAUUUAAUAUCCCAAAAAAUAUUCUCGCUACAAUGGGAAGUGACACGAGAAUAAAUAAUGAAAAUAUUUAUGCUAACGAAGUAGAAGAAGAUCCAGAACUAGUGAAUGAUGGUAGAGAAGAUAUUGCCUAUUCAGCCGAGGAUUUGAACGAAAGAGACGAUGGAUAUUACACAUUCCCACCAGUUAGGCCCUCAAGAGCUAAACGAAAGAAUAAAGAGACUGAAUCAAUUAAAUUUAUAGAUGACAGUAUAAGCGCAGGUAUGCAAUUUAGCGAGGUAGACUUAGGACUAUCACAAGAUCCAAUAGAUGAAAAGCAGAUACAUGAAGGCAUUAGCUACAGCGAAGAUUUUAACAGAUCAGCUCACGAUAUAAGAUCUACUGAUCUCCGUUCAAUACAUGAAUACGCAAACGAUGAUGUCAUAGAAUACCCAGAUAGUAUUCUAAUACAAUCUCAAACUCUUCCAAUGCCCCCGAAAAGAAAGAAAAAAUCAAUAUCAAAGGAUAUUAUGAAACAUUCAUCUUUGAAUGAUUUCAACAAAUUUAAUACAACAGAAACGUGGCAAGCUCCAAAGGAUCAGAUUGAAGAUAUUAUCGUCUACAGAACUGAACAUGAGUAUGUAGUCCCUGGCGCGGAGACAGCAGUGGCAGAUCACAGCCCAGUACCUCCAAGGCGUACUCGUUCUAGGAGUUCCCGAGCAACAUCUAUAUGUGACGAUGAUAGAACUUCCCAUGGUGCUGAAUCACUUAUUCUCGAUACUCAAAUUCCAAUUACGGAUGAGAAUGAAAUAGAAGUUGAAAGUGGUAAGCGUCAAGAGAGUCCUGGUUAUGCAACAGUUGAUAAAAGUCAAUAUAUACCUAGUAAAACUUCUAGACGGUCAAAAAGUCAAACGCCACCUAUUAGGCAUCGCAAAAGUAAUAGUUCUGAAAGAAAAUAUUAUACUGUAAGUGGCAGGAAAUCUUUUUUGCCCAGUCGUCCACCACGAAAAAAAUCAUCCACGAGCCUCAUGACAUUAAAUAGUUCUACAAAAGAUUCUGUAAAUGGAGACAAUUCGCAAUAUGAUGAAAUAGAUGAGC